ACUAAUAUAUAGAUAAAUAAAUAAAUAAAAAAUAGCCCAGCCCGCUGAAACAAAUAUUUUGGUCCAAAAGGCCCAUCAGCUCCUAUUGGAUAUUCAGAAAGACAGAAACGCAGGCCUUGACUCCAGUCAAAAUUACGUACAUUUUGGGGGCAGUAGUUUGUAAUCUAGGGUUUUUGAAAUCUGUGAUCUGGGUUUGUGCUAUCCUAUCUCUCGAUCAAACGACUUCAGCUUCACAAAGUUGGUGAUUUAACGCUGAUCCCAGAUUUAUACUUCCUGUUGAUAAUCGAUGGACGACAACUCUCUCUCGAAGGGGAAAAAAUCAGAAGCUAUACGUAAAAGUAAUUCUAUAGAUAAAUUAGGCACUAGCUUCUCCGGUAAGGUAAAAAUCAAUGAUGUGCCGGAAUAUUCUGUUGAUUUAUCAGAUGAGGAGGAGGAGGAGGAGGGGGAAGAAGAAGAUGAUUUCUCAGAUGAAGAUUUGUUGGCUCAAAUGGGGUACGGAAAAUCGGAACCAGAAACAAAAUUAAUAAAGGAUCCCCAGAUUUCAUCGGAAGAAGAAGAAGAAGACGAGGAGGAGGAAGGUGGUUUAUCGGAAGAAUCGUUCUUGGCACAAAUGGGUUAUCUAAAGAACGAACCAGUCAUACACGAACCGAUCACUACACCGACGGCUAGUUUAAAUCUUGUUUCUGCUUUUAAAGGGAGCCGCGAGAAAGAAGGUAGGGCCGUUAAGGAAGCCCGUGUUUCGUGGAGCCCAGAUGUAUACGAUCCACCUCCUACGUCCGACGACCAUUUCACUACGAGCAAGACUGAGAGGCAUAAAAACGAGCACAAGGUGAAGGGUGUGGCUGGAAAGAACAGGCAAAAGACAGGUGGCAAACGAGAGGGAGGAGCGAGUGCGGAUGUAGGAGAAGGAAGUAGUAAAGGCGGUAAAGGUGGAGGGAGCAAAGGAAAAUUCAAGGAGAAGAAACCGGUUGAGAAGAAGGCGGUUGAUAAGAAACAAGCGAAGAAGCAUGGCCGUGGUGCUAGCAAGCACUCCGGUUUUAAUGAGGAUUAAAUAUAUUUUUUUAAUCUCUUUAGCAUCAGAUGUAAACUGAUAAUCCUUAAUCUCUCUCUAUAUCUCUCUCUCUCUAAGUUGAGGUAAAUACACAUAUAUUAACUUGUGUUAUGAUAUAUGCAUGACCAUCUGUUUUGUUGUUGGUGUACUUCCUGAAAAGUC